AUCCUGUUCGCGGAUAUAUGCGGCUUUACAAAUUUGGCAUCGGAAUGCAAUGCCGAAGAGCUGGUGCAACUGCUCAACAAUCUCUUCGCACGCUUCGAUCAUUUGGCGUACAGCAACCAUUGCAUGAGGAUCAAAAUCCUUGGCGAUUGCUAUUAUUGCGUAUCCGGCUUGCCCGAAUACAGGCCAAAUCAUGCACAGUGUGCUGUUGAAAUGGGACUAGAAAUGAUAGAGGCAAUCAAACUGGUGCGAGAAGUGACCGGUGUAAACGUGAACAUGCGAGUCGGUAUUCAUACCGGACGAGCGCACUGCGGUGUCCUCGGUCUUAAGAAGUGGCAGUUCGACGUUUGGAGCGACGAUGUGACUCUUGCAAAUCACAUGGAAAGCGGUGGAUUGCCAGGGUAA